AGCCAGCGCGGCGCGGUCCCCCACCCUGCCUGCCCCUGACUGACCGUUGCCCAACCUCGCCGUCCCAAUCAGACGAACCCCCCUCUUCUCCCUCCUCCCUCUCCUCCCUCCCUCACUCCCAAAUCGACCGCCGGAGGGAACAUGGCGAGGACCCUCGACGGCUGCUACUCCACCAACACCAAGGACGUCGCCUACAGUUGUGGAUACUGUGGCUAUGCAUUAAACUUGAGCUCCUCAACGCGGAACACAGCGAACAUUGGAUCAAAGUACGGCAAGCAGAUCAGGAAAGGUGUCGUCUCAUUCUUUGCAAUCGACGAGAGCCGGUUCACACAAACUGAUGAGGUGAGCUGCAUGCCAUACUUCCGCUCAAGGUGUUCCUGGGGUUUCUUCAGAAAGAGGACACGGUUGCUCUGCCGCAAGUGUGGUGGUCAUAUUGGCGAUUCAUAUGAGGACAAGGAUUCCCCCUUGUAUGACAGCUUAGAUGACACACACCUGAGCUCUGCGGGAAGUCGAAAGAAAUAUGUCAUCAAGAUUAAUGCACUACAGCCCUCGUCAGACGACUCUGGUGUUCCCUUCAGUCUGUGACAGCAAGCUGAACUGAUGUAAUGUGUACCAGGAAAAGUCUGACCGCUCUACUCUAUACCGGACUGAUACUGUGAAUCAGGGUUUAUGCAGCACCAAGAUCUUGAUACUGUUGAGAGCUUUUGAGGGGAAUUUUCCAUCUCCACCUUGUUUCAGUCAACUUGCUGCCCACACUUGAUAGUGAUUUAUUGUUUUCCUCCUGGACUGGUGUGUGUAUAUUUUAAACAGGAGCACCAGAUUUUGAGUGUUAUACAUAUAAAUGAGGGUCAUUUUGUUGUGUACAUGUGUCUAUCUUGCCUUCAGAGUAUUUGCUCCCUGGUUUGUUGUGAUAUUUAGUCAUGGUCUUGUAUCAAGCGUUCAGUUCCAUAAAUAGGCGUGUGUGAAGAUGAUCACGCGUGAGUGUCCAAGUCUACCAGUAUACAAGGAAGAAUGUACUCCGUACGUAAUACUGCGAUCUUCAGUUAUUCUGUAAGGAGCAGGCAUUCAUUGUAUAUUUCAGUUGGCCAAUAGCAGAUCAGUCGCUAA